AUGAGGCCGUCGCCGGUCGUCCGCCGGAUGAUGCUCGCCGGGCUGGGCGUCCAGUUCUUCCAGCAGGCCACAGGCAUCGACGCACUGGUGUAUUACAGCCCGACCAUAUUCCGGGACGCCGGCAUCGCCAGUGAGGGCCACCUCCUGGCCGCCACCGUCGCGGUGGGGCUCUCCAAGACGAUCUUCAUCGUGAUCGCCAUACUUCUGGUAGACCGCGUCGGCAGGAAGCCCCUACUCCUCAUCAGCACGGUCGGCAUCACCGCCUGCCUUGCCGUGCUCGCCGCGACGCUCUCCCUGCUGUCGCGCGGCGCGCUGCCAGGCGGCGCGGCGAUCGCGCUGGCCAUCUUGACGGUGUGCGGCUUCGUGGCCUUCUUCUCGGUGGGCAUCGGGCCCAUCAACAUGGUGCUGAGCUCGGAGAUCUACCCGCUGAGGCUGCGCGCGCAGGCGGUGGGCCUCGGCCUGGCGGUGAACCGGCUGACCAGCGGCGCCGUGGCCAUGUCCUUCCUGUCCAUCUGCCGCGCCGUGUCCGUGGCCGGCGCGUUCACGGCGUUCGCGGCCGUCUCGGCGCUGUCCGUGGCGUUCCUGCAGUGGUUCGUGCCCGAGACGAGCGGCAAGACGCUCGAGGAGAUCGAGUUGCUGUUCGGCGAUGCCGGUGGCAGCGGCGGCGAGGUGGAGGUGGAGCUCGGCGACGGGGAACAUCAGGUGCACGAGCGAUGAGAACCGGACGGCCGGCGGUGCCAUUUCUGUGUUGAGCACAGAAAUUGCAGUGUCAGGGAAAAGCUAAAAAGUUAGAAACUAGUCAUACAUUCGCGAAUGUUCUUUUUACUUGGAAAAUCAGGGAUCUUUCCCUGGUUCAUUCAAAUUAACAUAGCAGCAGUAACCACUGAACUUCCUCAAAUACAGGAACGCAUUGGCCAAGCAUCGAUGGACAAACUGACACGUCAAUGGCCGCCCGAUCACAUGUGGAUGGCCUGAUAUUUCUAUGGCGUCUUCUUCAGGAAUUCCAAGGAGGCAUAUCCACCAUGGCCUACUAUAUAUGCUUUUCUAUGUUGCAAACUAAUUUCAG